GUCUGGGACUUCACUCUAGUGGGCCGGGAUGAACGAUUCACCUCGCCCCAGUGGACAGAAGCCCUAGGUUCCAUUGUGCAGCGACAUCCAUUGCUCACUGUUUGUAGCUCCGAAAAGCAGAGCCAUCAGCUUCUCUCCAGUAUGAUGGCGAGCAUCAAGGCAGCAGGGCUUCAUAACUUGAUUUUCCUACAUGGUACGUCCUUGUCGGACCCGGGGUUUUGCGGUGGCGAUUGGGCGGAAGAGCAUCUGCUGAUUCCAGCCUUAUCCUGGGCCCAAGAGCGCCGCAUGGGCGCCGUGCUGCGGUCCUUCUCGCCCACGUUGACGCAUCGCUCGGACGGUGAAACCUACCACAUUUUGGGCGCACUGUCCAUGAAAAUAUCCAGCUUCCUACAGCAAUUGGCCUCCAUGGAGCAGCUCACCCUGGAGUCGCCCUUCUGGCUCAGCCUGGAGAUCGUUUUGGGAGGGGAUGGUUGGACGGCACAGCUCUACGCGGUCUACAAGAGUGCGCAGCUGGGCAUGGCGUAUCCCGCCAAUCGACCGCUGGCAGCGUGGCUGGCCUCGUGGGCGGAACAUGUGAAUUUUCUGACGACUUGGGAUCCCAAGAGUGCCUUGGACUCCAAAGCUUUCCGACUUGCCUCGGUGAGUGAUCCUUGGCUGAUUUUUGGAUCAUGA